UGCGGCCUCGUAACCCAAGUCGUCCACAUCCCCACGCUCAACAACCUCACACACCUCUUCCGCAUCACACACCUCUACAACGUCUUAACCGAAGCCGGGAAGCAUGCUCAGUCCAAGAUUGCCGCUGAGCUCGCCCUGCAAGCCGGCAAGUUCGCUUUCGUGGAGAAGCCGAUUGCGUUGAAUUUGUACGACACGGACCGCAUCAUCGCCGCGGACGAAGCCGCCGGGGGCGGCAAGGUCAUGGUCGGGUAUAUGCGGCGGUACGCCUCCGCGUUCGUCGACGCCGUCAGGGAAGUCGGGACCUUCGAGCAGGUUCGCUACGCUCGUGUGAGGGAUAUCAUAGGCCCGAACUCGGUCUUCGUAUCGCAGUCUGGGACGUUUCCGAGGACGUUUGGGGAUUACUCGAAGGAGGACGAGGAGGAGUUGAGGCGCAAGACGGAGGCGGAUGUCCAGCGGGCGUUGGAGGAGGAGGUUGGGGUGCGUGCGACGGAGGGGACGAGGAUGAUGUGGGAGACGCUGUCGAUGCUUGGAAGUCAUGAUUUGAGCGCUAUGAGGGAGAUGUUGGGCGUGCCGGAGGGGGUGGUGGGGUUUUCGCCUUGUCAGACCACCGGCAGUCCCGCCAUCUUCAAAUACCCCACCUUCUCCGUCUCCUACGAAUCCGGCGUCGACCAGGUCCCACGCUUCAACGCCUCGAUCGAAAUCUUCGGGGACAAGAAAACCGUCAAGAUGGUCAUCGACACCCCUUUCGUGAAAGGUCUGCCGACGACGAUGGUGGUCAAGGAGGCGUUGGAGGACGGGUCGUAUCGAGAGUCGACAAUUCGGAGGACGUACGAGGAUCCUUUUACGUUGGAGUUGAGGGAGAUGUGGGAGUGGGUGAAUGGCGGGAGGGUGCCGAAGACGACGCCGAGGGAUGCGAGGACGGAUUUGGAGGUGUUGGGGAUGUUGAUGAGGGCUGUUAAGUGA